AUGUCACAGACCUUGAACCGGCAUUCGUUUCGUCCUUACUUUUUACUGUUCAGCCACACCAACUUACGAUGUCGGGCAAGAGUAGUAACAAAGCAGAUAACAUCGCUUAUUUUGUAGGAGUGGAUGUGGGUACUGGUAGUGUUAGAGCGGCUUUAGUCACGGAAUUUGGUGAAAUAGUGGAAUCAGCUGUAAAUUGUACAAGAACUUGGAAUAUCCAACCGGAUUUUUACGAGCAAUCUACUGAAGAUAUUUGGCAUGCAGUUGUCACAUGUGUCAAAAUAGUGACCCAAAAGAUUCAGCCCGAAAAAAUAAAAGGAAUUGGUUUCGACGCUACUUGUUCCUUGGCGUGUUUCGACAAAAAUGGAUCACCACUUACUGUGAGCCCAACUGGAAAUAAUCAACAGAACGUAAUCCUCUGGCUGGACCACAGAGCAGUGAAAGAAGCCGAAGAAAUUAAUAAAUUGAACCAUCCUGUUCUGCAAUAUGUUGGUGGAAGGAUUUCUCCUGAAAUGGAAACGCCAAAAUUGCUUUGGCUCAAAAGGAAUCUCAAGGAAACUUGGGACAAAGCUGGUUUAUUCUUCGACUUGCCCGAUUUCUUAACAUGGAGAGCCACUGGAGCUGAUUCAAGAUCCUCGUGUUCUCUAGUAUGUAAAUGGACUUACGAAAUGUCAAUAACCGGCACCGAAAGCUGGAAUAAAUCCUAUUUCGAACAAAUAGGCCUGGAUGAUCUGGCAGAAAACAACUGGCGAAAGAUCGGUAGCGUUGUAUUAGCUCCAGGAUCUGCAGUAGGAAAAGGACUGUCCCAACAAGCAGCUGCAGAACUCGGACUAGUGGCAGGUACUCCUGUGGGUGCUUCCAUGAUAGACGCACAUGCUGGUGGAUUGGGUCUCAUUGGUUGCAGGGUCCCCGGAGUAGAUCCUGCGUUUCACACUCGAGUUGGCUUGAUAUGUGGUACAUCUACAUGUCACAUGGCCGUUUCCAGAGAAGCUACUUUCACCCCAGGCGUAUGGGGACCGUACAAAAAUGCCAUGAUACCUGGUAUGUGGCUAAAUGAAGGAGGACAGAGCGCAACUGGAAAACUUGUAGACCAUAUCAUUGACACUCAUCCAGCUACACCAGAAAUUAAGAAGAAACUUGGUGAUAUGCACAUCCAAAAAUAUUUAAGCAACAUUCUAAAACAAUUAGCCAAAAAGGAUAAUCUAACGUCAGUUGCUUACCUCACUAAAGAUCUGCACGUUUGGCCAGACUUCCACGGAAAUAGAUCUCCAAUCGCCGAUCCAACACUAAAAGGAAUGAUCUGUGGACUUACACUUACAAGUGACGAAGAAAAUUUGGCUCUAUUGUAUCUAGCGACUAUGCAGGCCCUCUCAUAUGGAACUCGACACAUACUCGACACCUUGAAGGCUUCUGGGUAUAACGAAAUCAAGUCAACUUUAAUAUGUGGCGGACUCAGCAAAAAUCCAAUUUUCACCCACAGUCAAGCUGACGUUUGUAAUUUACCUACGGUAUGUCCCAACGAAGUAGAAUCAGUCCUUCUCGGGUGUGCUAUUUUGGGAGCAUGUGCAGCCGGACAUUUCGAAAACAUGACUGCAGCCAUUCAAAGCAUGGGUGGCGAAGGAAAAGUAGUGGAGCCGAAUAAGGAAUUGGUGGAGUACCACAAUAAGAAGUACAAAGUAUUUUUGAAGAUGUAUGAAGAUCAAGUUGCUUAUAGAAAUACAAUGAACUCCUAAUUAUGUUUUAAUAAAUGACUGUAUUUUAUGUUGAAAGAUA